CCUCAGAAUAGCCUUCUGAUCGCUCGCACCGCACCGCACCGCACCGCACCGCACCGCACCGCCAGCUGCCAAAGUACAAGCUCGCGCCUAGGCGUGGAUGCAGUCCCCAUCACCACCACGCAUUACUCACUUACACACUCUUCAGCCAUCAUCAUCAUGACACCUCAAGCCCAGACCACUCACGCGCGAGCCCUUUUGGAGGCCCUGCUCAGCAUCAGGCACAGCCCCACCACAUCCAGCAGCUCUCGUAGACCUUCAAACGGCUACGGUGGCACCAACUCCCUCUUAGCACCCGCCGUCGUAGGGCCUAUGCCCAUGUCCGCUGCUGCAAGCGCCAGCUAUAGACCUCAAAAGCCAUCCAGUCUGGCAGCUAGCAGCACCAGCAGCGUUGUGGAUGGUCACGACGAACCGGACCUCGAAGCAGAAGUUCAGCUUCAAGGCGUCUCCUCCAGGCUUCAUCAGCUGCACUUGUCCGCACGUCGUCCAAGCCUGACAGUACAAGCGGAAUCGCAAGCGGAGCAGACGAUGCUCGAUUUGGCUGACGACGACGACGAAGAUGAUGCGGAUGCGGAUGCCCACGCGGAUGCAGCUGCAGAAGCUCGUGUACAUGCCCUCAUCGCCAGCAGCGACUCCGAGUCAGAGGAACCUUCCCUGACGCCUUCUCGAUACAGCUCAUCGCGACGGCCAUCCGCCACGGUUCGCAGUCCCUCUUUUGCCUUCUCGCAGCUGAGCAGCUCGGCGGAGAGCGCGUCUGAAGGCGUCAAGAGCCCUCCAACGCCUCCACUGGCAUCCUUGCUGUCCCCUGCGGACAUUGCCAAGCACUCCGCUCGCAUAUUGGGCCUGUUGGACAGCGCAGAUUUGCAAGACGAAGAUAGAAUCGAGCAGGUUCGCGAUGCGCUUGCUGAAGCGCUCAAACUCGCAUCGGAUGGGGAGCCCUUGCCUCCUUCGCGUCUCGAUGCGCUCGUGUUGGACCUGCUACACCGCCACCGCGAAGAUGUCCGUCCAAGCGGUGCCGUCGUGCCCAACCCCUUGGCCAGCGCCGUGGGACUCACGCAAGCUGGCUUGGCCAUGGCAGCGUAUGGGGGCGGGAGUGGUGCUCUCACUACCAUUUCAUCGCCAAAUCGCCGACCAGCAUCGCUGCGGACAUUUAGCAACAGCUCAUCCGGUGUGCCUCAUCCUCACCUCACGCGUCCUUGGACGCCAACGUCUGCUGCUGCCAACGCUGCUCAUGCUGGUCCACGCAUUCCGUCUGCUGCGGCUUCCGGAAGUAGCCCGCUGCCGAGUCCUGCUUUCGUGUCUCCUACCUGGGGCGAUCUUGCGCUAGGCUCCGGUACUGAGAAUCUGUCCGUCUUCAACUCCUCGGCCAAAAGCGGUGCUGAUGCUUGGCCCACGCCAGCAAGUCCGACACCAGCUCAUCUUCAUCAGACAGCCUUGCUGGGAUCCAGCGUCGAUAGUCAGCGGGCCUCUCCUCGGCCUUGGCACAGAUCUGGCAGCUUUCUCGGAAAGGAGGGCGGCGGCGGGGGUGGCGGCGCGGCCUGGUCUUCUAGUUUGGGGCUGGCACCGAGCACCCCUUUCACAGGUACCACUCUGCCAUCCUCUUCAAGCGGCUCAACCAGCACUGGCCUUCCCGCCGGCAUGAGGCCAGCGUUGUUGCCGACAAGUGCGGGUGCAGCAGCUGUAGCUGCCAACGCUGCGAGCACGAGGCCACUCUCGCCGUCUCCUCUUGGCAGCCCUAGGCUCAACGUGGGAGCUUCAGAGUUCAAGCCUCGAGCUUCUUCGGGCGCUUCGCCCGCGCGACCAGGCUCGGAGAGCGGGUGGCCCAGUUCGAGCAACGCUGCCUCUCUCUCCCCCUCGACGAAUCGACGUGCAUCAUCUCAAGCCGCUGCGCCUUCUGGUCUGGCACGAAGCGCUUCGCUGCUCGGCAGCACGUCUAGCCAAGGCAGAAGCGGCAAUGGUUCCAGGUCGUCUGCCAGCGGAAGCGAAAGUGACACGGACGGCGACACGGACGAGUUCUCGCCCUUCGCUGUGGCUAGCAAUACGAGCGCUGCCCGAAGUACUUCAAGCGCUGCUACAUCCACCCGACCCAAUUCCACGUCGACAGCAUCCGCUCUCACGGCUCACACCAUGACGUCCACUCCUGGUCUGCUUGCCUUUGGAUCUGGAGACGAGAGAGGCAGCUUCUAUGCCGAUUCCACUACUAGCGUCAGCUCGUUGAGCGGUGCGAGCUCCGGAGGUAAUCACGACGCGAGUCCACUGGCUCAGAUGCAUGCGGGUGCUUCCUCGGGCUGGAGCGUCGGCAUGUACAGCGACGAAGAGUCAGCGUUGGCCGCCACAAUGACGCCCUUUGACGUGCUCUUCAGCAUCCUCAACUCUAGUUCAGGAGCUGCACCUUCUUCGGUAGGAUCUGCAUCGUCAACAGGCUCAUUCCAGCAACAACAGCAGCAGUGGACACCUGAGCAGAUAGAAGAAGCAUUGGCAGCAAAUGGAUGGGAUGUGGACGCUACACUUGCGGCCAUCAUGGAUGCUGGUGGACAAGGCUUGGCUGGAAGCUCUGCUCGAAGCGGGGCGCAAAGUGGAUCCGUUCCAGUGGGCCCUCGAGCUGUCGCUGCUGCCACUCCACGAUAUCCCAGGGGCAUUUCUGUGCCUGGCGGUAGUGGCGUCAGCUUGAUGAGCCGGGAAGCUUUUGCAAACUACAGGCAAUCUCAAGCUGCUCAGGGGGGCAGUGCUGCGGCGCGCUUCGCCAGCUCGUCUGCUGCUCAGCAUCCAUCGUCGACUGCUCAGCCCAAGCAGAAUCGAGUGUGCAAAUACUGGGCAAGCUCUGGGGGCUGCUUGAGGAGGGACUGCGCUUUCUUGCACUCUGAUCGCGCACUGUGCAUCCACUGGCUCCGUGGUCGGUGCCUCAACGACAACUGUGCAUUCACGCAUUCAAUCGAUGCGGUGCAGACCUUGGCGAGCGGGCUUGCUGCUGGCUCGACGUCGUCAUCAGGUACUCCGCAUAGUCCAAAUAGCUCAGCUGCUUCUGUUCCGACGGCACCAUCCGCCUCUUCGUCAGCUGGGACCGAGCCUCGCACGCCUCCUAACGAUGAUUUCCCAGAAUUGGGCCAACUCAUACCCGCCGGUCCAAAAACUACUCGCGCAAGGGCGAGCGGCGCUCCGCCUGGUGCGCCUACGGGUCCUGCCACAAACAGUUCUGCCAGCUCGUCGGACAGCAGCAGGAUCAGAUGGGCAGCAGCUCUUCAAAAGGGCAAGAAUCAAUCUCCCAUGGCGCUCGUGGCUGGUGAUGCGCCAGCGGUGCACGUACACAAGGCAUCUGCACCGAGCAGAGCACCCACUGGUCCACGAAGCAGCACCUCGUCAGCCUCUACUGCUGCGCCUGCAGGUGCGAGCAAUCGACCAAGCCCCCGCAUCGUCCUUCGACCGCCAGCUUUGGUCCCGACGCUGGACACUGGUAAGGCGGCUGCCGCCUCGUAUGCCUCGUAUAGAGGCGUGGCACUGUCAUUGAGUGAUCAACGGAAUCAAUGUCUGGCGCGUGCUGCAGAGGCGUGGAAGGUUGGAGAUGGAGCUGGCGCCCGUCAGUGGUCGGCCGAAGGACAAGCGCUGAAUGCAAAGUUGGCAGAGGAACAGCGAGGAGCUGUGACUCUCUUGAUGAGGGACAGGCAUAAGGCGAUCAAAGAACGUAUGGCCCUCGCUGGACCUGAGGGUGCUGGUGUGGGUGUGCAGUCUGACGAGGCUCAGGCCAGAGGAUUGAGAGGCAAAAGCGCGGGAGCGGGUCUCGGUCUUUGUCUAGGCGUAGCUUCCAUCUCUCAUCUCCGCGGAGGCGGCAAGCAGUCCACGUCACCUUCGGUUGAAGAGAGGACAGAGUACCUGAUGGACUUGCACGGCUUGCAUGGCGAAGAGGCGGUCACGCUGGUGGAGCAAUUCCUGCUGGGAUUGGAGAGAGAAAAUGCAAGAGGAAUCGCUUACCUGGCUACUGGCACGGGCAGGCAUACCAGCACGUCGACAGAUAGAAGACGAGUGGGUCUGGCGCAAGCUGUCCGAGCUUGGCUGAGCAGCUGGCACUAUGUGAGUCGAACAAUCGCGAGCGAUGUGUGUUACGUGAGCAUGAUGUGGACGACUUUGGCUCACGAAGAUCGACCUUUUGCCGCUUUGUGCGCACGGAUUUCAGCCAUACGUUGAGCAUGAAGGUGUGCUCGCUGUCGACCCGCUCACGCACGCUUAGAGCCCUUGCGUCGCAGA